AUGGCUGCAGAGGGCUGGCAGGAGACAGCGGCCCAGCAGGCCGAGGAGGCUGCGGCCCGGGUGCGGGACGUCCUGUCGGGCGGCCUGGGCCUGCUGCGUGCCGAGCUGGGCCUCGAGCUGGGCCUCGACCCGCAAGGCCUGCCUACCUGGCUCGCCCUGGUGGUCCCGGCCGCGCUGGGGCUAGGGCUGCUGGGGCUGUUCCUUGUCGUGGCCUGCGGAGGUGGCCUCCGUAAGAAGCCAACGCGGAGCGCGGCGGAAAGGAAGGGUGACGAGGCGGCCGGCGCGGGCCUGACAGCCGGCGGGGGCCAGGGCAAGUCGGCGGGCUUGGGCCCCGGGCAGCUGCACCUGAAAAGCGACGAGCAGAAGAAACGGAACAAGAAGAAGCUGCCAGAAAAAACGGCGCGGCCUAAUGGACGGUCUUUCCUUGACAUAUCUGAGGAGGAAGUCAUCCAAACUGCCCGGAAGGACAACAUAAAGCAGCCUGUGGACACAGAAAAGAAGAAUGAAAAGUCAAAGAAAAAAAAGAAAUCAAAGGGAGAUGCCAAAACGGUUCAAGAUACAUCACGUCUCGAUGGAAAGGAAGUCGAUGAAGGAACCUGGGAAACAAAAAUCAGUAACAGAGAGAAGCGCCAGCAGCGUAAGCGAGACAAGGUGCUGACCGACGGUGGCUCAGGAGAGCCAAAUCUCCAGGGGGUGGAAAAUGCAGUUACUGUAUCCAUUGAACAGCUGAUGCCUGCACCAUCACUUCCAGUUGGACUCAGGAAAAAUAAAGGUGAUGCACUUCUGAAUGCACAGGUUAGCAGCUCUAAACCUGCAAAGGGGGAGUCCUCAAUUCCACAAGUUUCUCCAGGGUUGAGUGAAAGCCAUACGGUAAACGGAGGAAGCUGGAACGAAAAGUCAGUAAAAAUCUCCUCCCAGAUUGGUGUAGGGGAGGAGAAAUGGACAUCUGUUCCUUCAGCUGCAGCUGGGAAGAGGAAGGCUGAGCCACCAGCUUGGGGCCAGGACGCUGGGGAUGCUAAUGGCAAUGGAAAGGACUGGGGUGUGACCCUGGUGGGCAGGCCCUGGAAAGAGCGUCCCCUGUUCACUCCUAUGGCUGCUUGGAACAUGGAUACAAGGAUUAAUACCUCUGAACAGAAUUCUACUUCUUUCUCUUCAUUUGGAUUAACUCCUGGGGUUUCUGGAUCCAACAGUGAGACAGUUUCUCAGGCUGGUACUUCUGACUUUCAGUGGGAUCAUGCUCAACCCCCUGUCGAUGACGAAUGGUCUGGGUUAAAUGGACUUUCUUCAGCUGAUCCCAGCUCUGACUGGAAUGCACCAGCAGAAGAGUGGGGAAACUGGGUAGAUGAAGAAAAAACUGCUUCUGUUCCUCAAGCUGAAGAGAUAUCUGAUGUUCAGAAGGCUUCAGAUAACGAAAGAGAAAAAGCAGAGGCAGUUCUUCAGGGUACUACAAGUGGCAAAUCCAAGAAAAAGAAGAAGAAAAAGAAGAAGCAAGGUGAAGAAGCUAACUCACCUGCACAGGACACUGAAGAACUGGACAGAGAAGCUGGAGAGCAAUUUCAGGAGGAUACCUCAAAAGUUCAACCACAGCAGGAAAGAUCUUUUUCUCGGAAGACCAUAAGUACUAGUGAACCAGCUAAGCCUGAGGAGGCUCCUUCACUUGCUGUUUCUACUGAGCCAUCUGUAAUUGUAUCAGAGAGUGAUUCUGACAAGAUCACUUCCCAAGUGCCACAGAUGCUGCAACAGACAGAUAUUUCUAGUCCCAAUAUUAAGCAAAACAGUGUGCCUCCUCCACAGACAAAGUCUGAAGAAAGCUGGGAAUCCCCCAAACAAGUGAAAAAGAAGAAAAAAGCAAGAAGGGAAACGUGAAGCUGCAGAGAUGGACACCUGUUGCUGAAUACUGUCAUGAAGAUCAUGCUGUUUAUGCAAUAAUUUGUGAACAUGUACAGAAUUUUAUAGGAAUUGAAACCAAUUUUUAAAAAAACAGAACUGCUGUGAACACAACCAUCUUGAGCAAGGAAAUCCAAGGCAAAGUAAACUAUGCUGGAGCAAAGCAGAAAACAUGCUCCAUGGGAAAAAC